UGCGCCAGCCAAGUUCAGCUGUUCGACAACAACAGCACCCGCUAGCAACUACAACAACAACAUUUCAACUAGAUUGUAAUCAAGCUGUUAACAGUUAUUAGCGAGCUACCAAAAAAAAAAUUCCCGCAGUUCCAAUGCGCCCAACGAACGGUAAGCAGCAUUCGAAGGAGAGGCCAUAGAAAGAGAUAGAAAAACGGUGAAGGUCGCGCGGUGCGAACAGAAUGCGAAGAGCGAGCGAAAGAGAGAGGGAGACAGAGCGAGAUAAUUGAUUCGCAGCAUAUAAACUGAUAUAAUCAAUCAUGAUUCUUGACUUCCCGCCAGCGAAACGGAACAAAAACAAAACAAAUCGAGAUCCGCCAUUAAACCGGAUUAACCAGCAUCUGUAUCUCGUAUCUCCCGCGGAUUAGAAUAUCCCAUUGUGAAGAUAUGGCUUUAAAUCUAAAGGCCCUUUUGGGCAUGGUGUUCGUGUUUAUCGGAUGUUGCAGUAACGUGGUCUUCCUGGAGCUGAUCAUCCAGAUCGAUCCGGGAGCCGGAAACCUGAUCACCUUCGCCCAAUUCCUAUUCAUUGCUCUGGAGGGUCUCGUCUUCACAUCCAAGUUCUUUACGGUGCGUCCGAAGAUUGCGCUCAAGGACUAUGUUAUACUCGUGGCCCUCUUCUUCGGGGCGAAUGUGUGCAACAACUAUGCGUUCAACUUUAAUAUUCCCAUGCCGCUGCACAUGAUUUUCCGCAGCGGAUCGCUGAUGGCCAACAUGAUUAUGGGUAUUGUGCUGCUUAAGAAGCGCUAUAACCUCCGGCAGUACAGCUCCGUGGCCAUGAUAACGGCGGGCAUUAUACUAUGCACCCUGGUUUCCAGCGGCGACGUCAAGGAUAAUACGCAUCACAGCCUUAAAGUGGAUACUUCCUACUCCGACUUCUUCUGGUGGUCGGUGGGCAUUGGUCUACUGACGGUCGCUCUACUGGUUACCGCCUAUAUGGGCAUCUACCAGGAGGUGAUAUACAAGAAGUACGGCAAACAUCCCAGCGAGGCGUUGUUCUUUACGCACAUGUUGCCCCUUCCCGGAUUUCUGAUAAUGGCAGGAAAUAUAGUGCAACAUUUCGGUAUUGCGUGGUCAUCGGAACCAGUGGAUGUGCCCCUGCUGGGAGCCAUUGGAUUGGAGUGGAAGUUCCCGCUGAUGUUGUUCUAUCUGCUCUGCAACGUCGUCACCCAGUAUGUUUGCAUCAGCGCCGUCUAUGUCCUGACCACCGAAUGCGCCUCGUUGACCGUCACUCUGGUGGUCACCCUGCGCAAGUUCGUUUCGCUCCUGUUCUCCAUCAUCUAUUUCCGGAAUCCCUUCACCCUGAACCACUGGGUGGGCACCAUUCUGGUCUUUUUCGGCACCAUACUCUUUGCCAAUGUGAUCAACCAGGUGAAGGAUGCCUAUCGGGCCAGGUCGAGCGGGAAGGGCCGUUUCGACACUGCUCCGCUGGCCAAGAAAGUGGAGUAAUCUCCGAGGGCUGUGUGGGAUCCUGCUGCAGAGGCCAUUAACUAUUAGUUUAGAGUCCUAGCGCAUUGUUUGUACAUAGAAUACGCUUAGUGUGUAGACGCCUCAUUGUCUGGUUUGUAAUUCUUGUCUUUCUACAUUUGUUUUUUUUAAUAAAUAAUUGUCCAAAAGUUUGUAAAAUACAA